UUUGUUCCAGGGUUAUAGACUAGAAUGAUUAAGCUUUUAAUGAUAAGUUAUUUGUAGUUCCAUGACCCACAACUUGCCCAGUGACUGAUAAUAGAGAGGCUUACAUCUUUCUUGUGAUUUCAUCAAACAUGUCAUUUUUUGAAUCCCUUGUUUCUCAUUGCACUGAAAUUGCUACUUCUAUUGCCCCAAAAGAAAUUUUUGUGGGGAUUAUUAGCUUUUCAUGGGCAACAUUCCUUUGGGAGGAAUACCUAUCUUAUCGGCAGCGAUGUGUUGUGGAAAAGAACAAGCUUGUGCCAGCUGAGCUGCGUGGUGUGAUCGACAGAGAAACCUUUGACAAAGCAAGAGCCUAUGCCAUUGAUAAAGGAAAAUUUGGCCUUGCUGAGAGUAUAUACUCCCAAAUACUAGGCACUGGAGUGAUGGUGUACGGAGGACUGCCAUGGCUGUGGGAUACUGCAGGCAGCACCAUCGCGGCUCUCGGAUUCGAGCCUGACAACAAUGAAAUCCUCCAAACCAUCGCCUUUCUCACCAUUUGCAAUGGCAUCACGUCUCUGCUCAACCUCCCCUGGUCUGCUUACUUCACUUUCAAGAUCGAGCAGAAGCAUGGAUUUAAUAAACAGACUCCUGGAUUUUUCAUAAAAGACAAAUUGAAGAAACUCGCACUGACUCAGAUCAUCUCUGCCCCAGUUGUUGCAGGACUGGUGUACAUAAUCAAGGCUGGAGGUGACUACUUUUUCUUCUACUUGUGGCUCUUCACGACGGGGGUGUUCAUGUUCUUCAUGACCAUCUACCCCGACCUCAUCGCUCCUCUCUUCGACAAGUAUGAGCCUCUUCCUGAAGGAGAGCUCAGGACCAAAAUUGAGACCCUUGCAGCACGCAUCAGCUUCCCUCUUACCAAACUUUAUGUUGUUGAGGGCUCGAAGCGUUCAGCGCAUAGCAAUGCCUACUUCUAUGGCUUCUUCAACAACAAGCGCAUUGUGCUGUACGACACACUGCUGCAGGACUACACGCCUCUCAACACGGAGGAAGCUGGCGAGGAGCAGAAGGAGCUCGUCAAGAAGAAGACAGGAUGCAACACUAUCGAAGUCAUGGCGGUGCUUGGCCAUGAGCUUGGACACUGGAAGCUCAACCACGUGCUCAAGGGAAUUGUCAUUUCACAGGUAAACCUUUUCAUGAUCUUCGGUGUCUUUGGUGCUCUGUACAAAUACAAGCCUUUGUACCGAGCUUUCGGCUUCUCAACUCAGCCUGCGUUACUGGGACUCAUCAUUGUCAUGCAGUACGUCUUCGCCCCUUACAACGAACUGUUGUCGUUCCUGAUGAACAUGUUCAGUCGCCGCAACGAGUACCAAGCGGACGAGUUCGCAGUCUCUCUGGGAUACAAGGAGGAACUUCAGUCGGCGCUCGUGAAGCUCAAUAAGGAUAACUUAGGUUUUCCCGUGCAUGAUCCGCUCUACUCAGCGUGGCAUCACUCGCAUCCACCGCUGCUGCACAGGCUCAAAGCGCUACGAGCACACAGCAAGACGGAUUAGACUCUGUGGUAGAGAAGAUUUAGACAGUUACUAUAGACCAUCAUUCCUUACAUUUGGUACCCUGUAGGAGUCGUGAAACAGAAUUGCUGCUGUUUACAACGUUUGGAAGGCAUACAACUGCCGGCAUCCAUAAUUUGGAUAGAAUUGCGUUACUGCCGUGUCCGGUAGUCUAGCGAUAGAAAUUCAGUGCACGUAGAUUUCUCUACCAAGUGAAAAAUAAGUUACCUUUACUAUACUAUCAGUUUGAUCAGCUUAUUGAUCAAAACUUUUAAUAUAACUUAACUGUGGCCCAAAAA